CUUUGGCCCUCCUUAAAGGAAAUCCGGAAUUCCAGUGGGAGGGUUCAAAGUGUAUUCAGCCCUAUAUAUAGUCUAUGAUUCAGACCGGAGAUCUCUACGGACUCACUCCUGCACGACAUAUUAUUUGCCAUGGCCUCUCCACUGAAGAGUCUGGUUAUUGAUGAUAACAGGUACCAGAAAUCCUUCCAGCUUUUUCUGGAGCGCUCCUCCGAGCAUCAGUGUAUGCAGGACUUCAUCCACAACACGCUGCCAGAUAUACUGGCCAGCAUUGGAGAUGGAAAGUCCCAUCUAAAUGUCAUUGGAGUUGGAAGUGGAGCUGGUGAGAUUGACCUCGAGAUGCUCUCCCAGCUCCGUCUGAAGCACCCAGGGGUGACGGUGGAUAAUGAGGUGGUGGAGCCUAGCAGCACGCAGCUACAUCAGUACAAAGUUAUGGUGUCACAGAAACCAAAUUUAGAUCACAUAAAAUGUACCUGGAACAAGAUGACUGCCUCCGAGUUUGAGGAGCAGUGGAGAGUGAAAAAGAUGACUAAGAAGGCUGACUUCAUUCACAUGAUACAGAUGCUGUACUAUGUGAAGGAUCCUGGAGCUACCAUCGAGUUCUUCCAGAGCCUCCUCGACAAGAAGGGGAAGCUUCUUAUCAUCCUAGUAUCUGGUGAGAGUGGUUGGGGAAAGCUGUGGCGGACCUACAGGAGCCAGCUCUGUAACACAGAAAUAAGUCAGUGUGUCACCACUGGAGACAUGAAAAGCUUUCUGGACUCCAAGGGUGUGAGCUACCAGAGCUACGAGCUGCCUUCUCAAAUGGAAAUCACCGAGUGUUUCACAGAAGGGGAUGAGAAGGGAGAGCUGCUGCUUGAUUUCCUCACUGAAGUGCUGGACUUCAGUAACACAGCCUCUCCUGAGCUCAAAGCUGGUGUCCUGGAAGUACUGCAGCACCCAGACUGCAGCAAGGAGUCCAACGGCAAAGUUAUCUUUAACAACAACCUUGGGGUCAUAGUCAUAGAUCCGCAAACUUAGAAACAAAUGCUUAAAGGUGGGGUAGGUCAUUUUGGAGAAACCAGCUCGAGUGCGUUAGAAUUUGAAAAUACACAGACUGAAGAAAUCUGCCACUUCCUUACAGAGCCCCUCCUCCAACACACAUGAACGCGCACAUGACCAAUGAGGGCACGAGAUAAGUUUGUGCACAGAUGGAAGGCUGACAGGCAGGUAGGCCAUCCAGUUAUUUUAGCCGGGCUGGUGUCAGUACCAUAUGUGCUCGGCCUACCAGAUCUGCUCGGAGUCCGUUACGCUUACCAAUGACGUCACGCAUUGGCUGUACGGCAUCCCAAGAGGUAAUAAUAAUAAUUCUAAAUAAAACAGGAAGUUAACCUAAAUUACAUUUAAGACGCUGCAACGAAAGUAACACAAACAAUGUAAUAUCCUUUUCCGUUUCACAGAACACAAAUAGGGUUAUUUACAUAAUUAUGUUUACACUGGUGACAUUUACGGGACACAAUUCACUGGGUUAUAUAGUGUGUGUUGCACCACGGACGAGUUAGUGAGUGCACCUGUGUUGUGUUGUCAUUCUAGCUUGUGUAGCGUGUAUACAAGAUCAUCCUGCUUUGCUGUAAUGUGAUGGAAAUAAAGUGUGGUGUUCCAUACUAAA